ACAAAUCAUUCGUUAGUGAGACGUGCUAGAGUUUGGAACGUUACUAAAUUUAUAAACGGAACACAAAUGACUAAAAAAAAUAAUAAGAAAAAGUGAUUAAUAAAAAAUGCAUAUAAUACAUACAUUUAAACAUAAACUAACUUGAAAUUUUUUCAAAUAAACUAAUUUAUUAAUUAAUAAAAAAACAUAAAUACAAAACCACAAAAUGAAGCCUCAACAAACAGUGAAACUAAUAAAACAUAAAAAAUUUGUGGUUUUAUGCAGCAAGAUUAAUAAUCUAAAUUAUUGUAAAAUUUUGUAAAACAACAAAAAAAUAUUUUUAACAUAGAUUUAUGUUUAACUAGAAAAUAUUUAAUUAUUAACAGACAAUUGAGAAAAGAAUCUGAAAAGUUGCUCUGUGAAUUUGUAUAGAAAAGAGCUUUAAAAAGUUAAGCUUAAACUAAAAGUGUAAUUUGUUAAUACAAAUGAAUAUUGAAUCUAUAGAAAAACACAAACAACUAUAAAAAUAAAGCUUGAAAAUAUUGUUACUCAAAACUUCUCAAAAUUUUAAAAUAACACAACGCAACAACAACAACAAUAACACAAAAACUGCAAAACAAAAAACCUGUCAAACAAGUUAAGAAAUAAAUAUAAAAUAAAACAAAAUAAUAAAUGAAAAAAUAAACUACAAAAAGAGGCAAAAAAAUAUAACCAAAAAAAAUUUAAUUUAACACAACCAACCCAUUUAUUUGCCAACUGACAGCAACAACAAAAUACAACAACGAAAGCCAACAACAACAAAAACAAACUAGCAAAGAAAACCCCUCUCCCGAUUUUUGUUUAAAACUGGAUUUUGUUAUUACGAAAAACCAAAAUAUUAUUAUAUUAGUUGUUUUUCUUUUAAACGCCCACUGUUAAACAGACAACAACAAAUGCAACACAAAUUCAUGUUGUUGUUCAUUUAGCAAGCAGACUCAAGACGAAAAACAGAAAAAAAAGAAACAGGCUGUUUUUUGUCUGAUCCCCAUUUUUUACAACUUCCUUUCACACACUUCCCGACUCCCUUUCCUUUACAUUUACUUUACAAGAGAACACCAACCAACCAACUCUUUUUUUGUGGCUCUACUUUGGGUCUGCCAUAAAAGGAAACCAACAUUAAGUUUUGUAAAGUGUGCAAAGUAGAAGAAGUGUGGUUGUUUUUGGUCGCCAUCAACGUACUAAUAGUUGUUGUACUUACUGUCUGUCUCUCUUAAGAACAAUUUUGCAAACAAUUUUCUUGUUGUUUGCCAAACAGAAAAAAACCUUGAUUAGUUUUUUUAUAAAUAAUAUUUUGGUCGUUGGGUCUGCUGUCUGUAGUUGUCGUGUGCCCGUCUUAGAUUUUUUUGCUACGUUGGAGUCUUAAUUUGAAGGUGGCAUUUUAUACAGAAGGCGCCGAACGUCGUUGGGUUCGACAAGCCGUUAUGGGGGUACUAAGGUGGCGCGAUCUACCCGGAUCGCGAGUUUCGGUUGGCUCAUCGAAUCACUCAAAUAGUAAUCAUACAAACAAUAACAACAACAAUAGAGGAGAGGCACAUCACCGCAACUCAAAUGAUGAACGUGUACCCAACCCACAUUCACCUCAUGACAUCAACGCUAGUAAUAACAUGCACAUUGUCACACCUCAUAGUUUGCAGCAUUCUGCUUCACGCUCUACCAUGAGACAUUCCAUGUCGAAUUCCUCUAGUAGCACACCCGCUUCUCCUCAACUCAGUGGCAUCAUCACUGCCAGCGGUGGUCAACUGCUAUCGAACGGUCAUCACUAUCAAUCACAAUCGUCGUCACAAUCUUCAAUAAUCUCAACGAUACCAGCAUCGCAGCGAGUGCUGGAAGAGGUCCUGGGCAAGGGUGCGCCUUAUCCCAUGAUUUGUCUGCCUUCGUCUGGCUAUUGGGUAGAUGGUACCGAUCAUGAGUGCACCUAUGAUUCAAGGGGCAACCCCAUGUUGCCUCAAACCACCUGGAUGGCUAAAUUCGAAACAGACGACACAGCUAAAUGUUAUCGUCGGUUUUACGCUGCCCGAGAACACUCCAAUUUAGUGGGCUAUGAUGAACAAUUGGGCCCAGUCUUGAUCUCUAUUAAAACAGAAAAUGUGGCCAAUCAGGAGCACAUACGUAUCUUGUUGCGUCUGCGAACUGGCACUAUGCACGAAUUGAUCCCUGUAUCGUGUUUAGGCCCCACACCCAGUCCCAACAAAAUGGUACGUUUAUUAAACGACCAAAUCAAUGUCGACAGUUUUAUGCCCGUUCUCUGCCCCAAGGCUUCACAGCUGAUUGGAGUGUACGAUGAACAUGUUCUAGUAUCGAAUUUCAAAUUCGGUAUUUUAUACCAAAGAUAUGGCCAAACUACCGAGGAAGAACUGUUCAGCAACAAUAACUCCUCGGCCGCUUUCGAGGAAUUUCUGGAUGUAAUCGGCCAACGUAUUAAACUUAAAGAUCACAAAGGCUAUAGAGGUGGAUUGGACAUACAAAAUGGUCACACUGGAGAUACUGCAAUCUAUGAAGUGUUCAAGGAACGUGAGAUAAUGUUCCAUGUUUCCACCAUGUUGCCAUAUACUGAGGGAGAUCCACAACAGUUACAGCGUAAACGUCACAUUGGCAAUGAUAUAGUCGCGAUCGUAUUCCAAGAAUCGAAUACGCCUUUUUCGCCCGACAUGAUUGCCAGUCAUUUCUUGCACGCCUUCAUCGUAGUACAACCCUUGGAACCAAACACCCCCAAUACACGUUACAAGGUCAGUGUGGCGGCUCGCGAUGAUGUACCCUUUUUCGGUCCCACCCUUCCUAAUCCCGCAGUUUUCCGCAAGGGUCAGGAGUUUAAGGAGUUUCUUCUAACAAAACUAAUCAAUGCUGAGAACGCCUGCUACAAGGCCGAAAAGUUUGCUAAAUUAGAGUUACGAACUCGUACGUCUCUUUUACAAAAUCUGGUAGACGAAUUAAAAGAGAAGACUAGAGAAUUUCUGGGUGCCGAUUUGGUUGGCCAAAUGGCUGCCAGUCCCACGCCAGAAACCCCAAAAGCCGAUAAUACCACAGCGGGAUCACGUUUUAUUGAUACAGUCAAGAAAGCCUUGAUUUCGCGUGUACGCUCACAAAGUGUAGAUACCAGUAAUUUGGCGAGUGUUGAGAAAUUCUGUGUUUCCACUAAAAUGAAUUCUUCCGCCACCAGCACGAAUUCGAAGAAGGAUACGAGUUUGACAGAGACGCCUAAUUUAAAUACUUGUAGUCGCACUGCUUCCAAAUCUUCUUCGAAGUCAAAAUCUUCUAAUGACUCAACUUCAUCCUCACCCGACAUCACUUCCCGAGGUCCCUUAAAUAACGGCACGAUGAAUAACAACAAUGGUCAUUGUUCGCUUACAAAUAACAGCAAAGAUUUACAGAACGGAAACAAUUCCAACAAUGGUGGCACUACAACCAACUGCGGUGGUGCUGCCGCCACUAUGUCCGAAACUAGUGAUGACUCCAGUUUAAACAGUGUAGAUCUGGAUCCAAUGAUGGGCCAUUUAGAUGGCGGCGCUGCCUAUAUUGACAGCGAUACUGGUUUGGAGUCCAUGUCUUCGGCAGAGGCUACCACAAAGGCCUGCUCUUUGUGUUUGGAUGGUUCACAGGGUAUGAUGGGUUCAUCGCCCAGCAAUGAAACUAUGGUUAUGAUUGAGAAUCUGAGACAGGAGGUGACCAGACUAAAAUGUGACAAAUUAGAUUUGUUGAGACAGAAUGUGACUUGCCAACGUGACAUUAAACGUCUGCGUGAACGUGAACUUUCCCUACAAGGUGAUUUGGCAGCAGCCGGUAAAGAAAUAUUACGCUUAAGAGAUCUUCUCAAAGAAUACAUGCCCGAUUUGGCAGCCUCGCCACUUUCGAUUUCUCCCAUUUAAACUGCAGUUGAAGACGAAAUUCAAGUAUCGGCUA